AUGAACUGGCAGCCAACUGCCCGCUCUAGGGACGAUCUGUCGUCUUUUGGCAUCACGAAUCAGAAGACGAAAGCGGUUACCUUUUCACAGCAAACCCUCCAUGGCACUACCGAUGGGCUGAUUCGUGUCCAUUGCGUCUCCCAGGGGAGGCUGCGUUCAUCUGCUUGGUCCCGUGUUCUCAGUAUAGUAUUUGCCUCUGUAGCAGCAGCGUACUUCUUGGUUAUUUGUUUUCACUUGAUAAGGGCUGGGCGGCGGUCAGUGUCGUCUACUCGGUUUCUUGCGGACCACCGUGAGGUAUCAUGUGAUUUGGAUGGUGGCCUAAGGGAGACUGACGCAGAGGACAAUGACACGGACGACGACACAACACCCGAGGAAACCUCGGGACAGAGUGCGCAGGAGCCUUUAGAGGAAGGGGUUGCUCUCCCGUCUCAACACUUCCAGGGGUUUCGCUCGCUUGCCACAACGGGACACGAAGAAGAAACAGAUGCCGAGGAAGAAAUCGCAGAGAAGGCAUAUGGGACCAGCAUGAGCCUGUGGUCUCAAGAGCGUGAGGUGUACAAAGACGAUCAGUGGGAAGGCCGUAACCUACCGGGACCGGUAAAACAACGUCUACUGACCAUGCUUUCGAGAAUGGCGAGAGCUUCAAAUCUGUGCAGGUCAUUACUACCAAUGCUAACGUGCACACAACGCCUGCAAGUGACUUACCUUGUCAUGCGACUGAUAGCACUGGAUUUGGGAGCCAUUUCGUUAGUGAGAGAGGACAUGGAGCCUGCACGGCAAAGCGUGGGGGACUCUCUCAUCAGUUUGGGUCUUGAAUGUCUUGGAAGCAGCGGCAGCGAAGCAGAGCAUGAAGGACAGCGCGCGUCACUUCGCGGACUGAUGGGUUUAGUUCAUAAGCUCAAAGAGCGACGGCGUGUUGUCAACGAGUAUAACCCUAGAAAGUACAGAAAGAAGAUGCUGAGCAUAAUGGGUACUGCUGGCUUGAUACUGAAGAACUGUUUAGGCGUACUGGAAGGGCUGCUACGCUCAUAUUAUGCCGAAGCUUCAUUGCUGCUGCCAGAAGCUGUUGUUAAGCAGCAAUUCAAUGUUCUAAAGGCACUUUACCGUGUACAUGCCGAGCACAUCGCCAGGGAUGGGCCACUGUGCGGGCACAUUCUAAAAUGCCAGGAACAAACUGGAAUGCAUACACUUAUCGGUAGCCAUAACAGAGGCAUGUUGGAAGUUGCUAUUCCCAAGCUAGUUGAUUUACAGAAACAAAUAAAAGGAGCAGUACGUAGAGCAGGCGGCCUUCUGCCACUUCAGAAUCCAGGUUCUCUAGGGCAUCCCAGUGCUAGCAUCGUGUUCGCGGGAGACAGUGAACCGAAAAAGAUUAAUCCUGAAGAACCGCAUGCAAUGUUGGGUCAACAAAUGCUGCACAAAGGAUUUGCCGAAGAGCCCGGACGAGCUUUCAACUCAGCAGCCUUUUCAUCCAGCGAAUACAUGCACGGAGGCACGGCAUUCCCUCCUCCUGCAGUUCCACAGUGGUCACCUGGCCAGCCGUCUCACCAAGGCGCCGAACCAGAUGCGCAGCCUCUACCGAAACUUGAAAGCCGCCCUCUAGACCAUCAACCAGAUUGGGUCUUGUCAAGGACUCUUGGGCACUCACCAAGCUCUGGGACGUCUUGGCUUGACGCAGUACACCAACCGUCGCAAAGUCCAGAGCGCCAAAUUGCUUGGGAGUCAUCUUCCACAGGCAGUUCCUUCCUCCCUUUAGCUCCUCAGUCUGCUGAAGCGGGGUUUGCUGUGGGCCCGAUCAAGCAGCCCGCGCCCGCUGGACGCGAUAGUGAACGUUUUUUGGGGCGCACUAUGCAGCUGCUACAACGGACUCGAGUUGAGUCAUCUGCCAGGCUUCAGUCGCCAGGCUUCAGUCGCCAGCUGCAGGCCCUCACACAAGCGAGUACAGCCUCUUUGGGCAAGGGGGAGUUCCUCCGUGGUUGCCCUUAUCAAAGCCAUCAACGUCCUCUUUUGACAGGCCUGAUACUGCAGGCAGUGGUUUAUAGGGCGCUCAAGAGAAAAGGGACGCGUAGGUCUAGCCUGUACAACCGAAAAGAUGCACGCAGCAGCCGUUAG